CAUCGAUACAAAUAAUGCUACUCCUUUUGUUCCAUCUCUACUUAAAAUGCUUGUUUUGAAUUCUGUUUUAAAAUAUUAAUGGACUUGCGUAAAUUGUGUCGCCUCUGCUUUGUGGACAAUGCCCUGGUGGACAUCACGGAGCACAGGGCCAGCGCCUGUCCAGAACUAACAAUACUCCAGCUCCUGCAGGCCAUUUACGGCGAGAAACUAAUGCUCGAUGUGGUGGACAAGUUGCCAAUGAUUUGCAACGCCUGCCUGGAUGAGUGCCUUCAGCAGUAUGCCUUUUUCCGAAAACUCAGAACUGCAAACCAGCAGUUGCUGAAACUCUACCAUGAAGCACAGAAGGAACUGGAAUGUCCAGAACAGGAGGAAAAACCUAUUAUAGAGGAUGAAGAGACCCUACAAGACUUUGAUUCACAGGAUAUAAUAGUACUCGAACCAGAGGAGCAGAACAGGGAGUCGAGCCAGAAACCCUCACAUGGGUUGGCCAACCACGAUUCGUUGAUUGUGUCCGAAUUCCUGCCGUCCACAACCACCCAUCUUGUCGAGCUGGACUCCGACUAUUCCAGCCACCAGCUACAGGAGGCCCCCGCCUAUGAAAUGCGCACCGUGGACUAUGCCGCCGUGGAGCUCAAGCACUACAACCUAGACGAAUACAACGAGGCCAACCGGAUGCUCGACGUGGAGCCAAGUGGCAGCCAGGCGGUCUACAAGUGCCAGUAUUGCCCUUUGGCCUACGCCUCCCCCCAGUACCUGAAGACGCAUGUGCGCAGCUCGCACGUAUGCAAGUAUUGCACCAUGGCCUUUGCCAAGGUGCGUGAUCUCAAUGAACAUAUAAGGAGCAACCACUCCGACCAUCAGUGCGUCGUGUGCUGUAACAACUUUAGCACCAGUAGUAACCUGCGGGCUCAUCUGAAGAGGGUGCACGGUGUCCAACUCCCUGCCCAGGUGGCACUCUUGGACUACAGACCUGCUGCCGCGGACAAGGAUUCUCCUCGCCCUCAAUAAAAACAUAUCCAGAGACUAA